UUAGUUUGAUCAAAAUCUAAGAUCAGUAUUUAGAUUGCUCUCCAUCUUUGAGUAUGCAUGGCGUACCUUAUUAACCUUCAUUUUUGUCAUCAAAAAAAUAAAAAAUAAAAAACCUUCAUUUUCCUUGGAUUAUAUAUCAGAGCGUGAAUAAAGGCCGGCGGGCUUCGGACCACCAUGGUUGUUCUCAUGUAAAGCGUAUAUAUGAUAUAUCGCGUAAGAAAACGGAGCAGGGUGUAUGGUAGCCCUAGCCCUAAAGGCCGCUAUGGUGGAGGCCGUGGUAGGGUUCUUCCGAGGAGUCUUUUGGGUUGCAAUCUUUGCCAUGACUGCCGGUUUCAGAACCAUUUGAAUAGUUGCACAGUUAAAAUGGAUUAUGAUGCUACUCAUGAAGCAAGUGAUUUUGGCAACGAUGUUAAUAUUGACGUCCCAGUAGUAGAAUCAAAUAGAGUUGAUAGUCUUGAAAAGGUUUCAUUUGAUGGCAUGGUUAUAGAAGAAUUACAAAAUCUGGGCGAGGUUAUAACUGGAGUUGAGUUGGAUCUAGCAUGUGCUUAUGAGAAGUUGCUUAAUUUAAUUGGUUUUAUGAUGCAUGUGGCAACCAAGGAGAGUGACUUUGAUGCCUUUAUAUCCGAUGAAGAGCAGACAAUAGUUGGUUCUGUCGAGAAGGCUCUAGAGUUCACUCUCUUGUCUGGAAUAUUAGACUCUGAGGUAGGUGAAUUGGAUAAGGUCAUAGCUUUACUUCAAAUGGAAAUUACGGCUGCGCAAGAGCUAUUAUCUUUAUAUACAUACUUAGGAGAAACAUUUACAGUAAUAGAAGAAAAGCUGCAGGAUUCUGAGCAGUCUUUGAAGCAGUUGCAAGAACAAAUCUCUGAAAUCAGGAUGCAAUCUCUGAAGUUCCAGAGGACCCUUUCAUGCUUCGAUGGAGAAGAAAAUUGGAAUAACAACAAAGGAGUACUGGGCCAUUUAGAAGAUGAUAUAUUUUCAAGCAAGAAUGUACUAAUGAAAAUGCAAACUGUUAAACAUCAGAGACAUAUUUUGAGGAUGCUAGAUAAAUCUUUGGCAAGAGAAAUGGAUCUUGAAAAGAAAUUGACUGAAUCAAAACAAAUUGAAGAGGAUCUAAAACUGAGACUACUCUCUUCAGAACAAGAGGCAUAUUGCAUGGAGGAUGAAAUCAGUGAAAUGAGAAAUGUUGUUACAGAUCUGAAAGAAAAAGAAUCAAAAGUUGAAGAUAGGGCUCGGAAUGCAGAAGCCAAAUAUAAAUUAUUAGCAGAGACCAACACAGAACUUAAUGAAGAGCUCAGACUUCUUAAGACACGGUUAACAGAAUUGACAUGCGGUUGCAACAUGCCGUGGCAACUGUUGAGGCUAGGUAGGAGAAACAAAACAUGUUGAAUUCGACUAUCAUACAUAUGGAAAAUGUGAUAAAGCAUCUAAAGCAGGAGGUUUCAAAAGCUGAAAGUCGGGCUGAUAGUGUAGAGGACAAGUGUAUGAUAGUGUUAAUUAGAAUCUAAUGCAGCACUAAAUGAGGAAGUAAACUUUCUGAUGGAUAGAUUGAAACGCGUGGACGCAGCUUUCCAUCAAGCUAAGGAAGCAAAAUUAGCUACUGCAACUGAUAUUGCACUCCGGUCAAAAGUUAUUACAGACUAGAUUGUGCAACUUGCUUUUGAAAGACAACACUUUCUUAAGCAGGUCUCUACCAUCUUAUUAUAUCUUAUUAAUAUUCAAGUUCAGGAUUGGAAUUUGACUAUCAAGUGGAAAACAUAUAUUCUUUUGCUGUCUAUC